UACAAUUCAUCUAAAUGGUCACGAAUAUAUAUUUUUUUAAGAAAAAAUGUAUAAUCAAAAUCACAAGACCAACAUUAUCCGAUAAAUGUCAUAAACCUCUAAAUGAAAGUAAAUAUAUUUACACUAACACCAAUGCAUAUAUACGUAUAAGAAUCUCAAUAACACCAAAUAAUGGCGGAUUUAGCAAAGUUGUCGAUUGACUCCUAAGCCGGAACGUUUGGACUUGACCACACUAAGUUCGAACCUUGUCAAUGUUUUUCCUUUUUAACCUCUUAUACUUCAACUCCUCCAUUUUCUCUUCACCUUUUUCCAUUCUGCCAUGCACUUCCAUUCCAUGGCUGAUUCCUCCUUCGAGUUUAACAGCUCUAUUGCUAACUCAAGCCACCGUCACCGUAACCGUAACCGCAACAGCCACAGUCGCCGGCGCCGCCACCCAACUCCUGUCAACUCACACUAUGCUGCUUCUAGCUCUUUCACCACCCAGUUUAGCUCUCAAUACUACCCAAGUGGUGCGCCGGGAAGAAGGUCACGCCACCCAACUCCGGUGCCCACUACGCCGUUUGCCUCCGACAAUGAUGUGUCAUGGCAAGGUGAGGUGUCUUGGCAGUUUGAGCCAACGGGAUGGCAUGAAAGCCACAACCUGGGCUCUGUUCUAAGCCCGUGGACCGCUGCCGCCACUCCCUCGGAGAGUAACAGAGUUCGUCGUUCGGCCAAUGAUUACUAUCUUUCUCGGACGAAUGGCGGUUUUCGAACUUCGACGAAUUCACACUUCGAAUAUUCUGGCUUUCAUGGAGGCAGGAUUGAGCUUCAAAGCUUUGUUGGUCGAGACCAUAACACGAGCUCAUUCUUUGGUCGUGGCGUACAGAGCAAGUUGAGUACGAAAGACAGGCCUUUGGCUAACACAGAUGAGCUUAGUAUAGUUAAUUACGUUAUACCAGAAGAUGAACAAGAUCAUCAUCAUCAUCACCAUGGAAUGUUGUCACAUGCAGGACAUGACCAAGAUCCACAUCUUCACCAUGGUUAUGAUUCAUGGCCUUCUGCUAGUCAAUACCGUACUGAUGAUAAGUCUGGUAUUGAUGGUAGUCGAGUUUCAGAUAGUGAGGAUGAUGAAGAAGAAGAUGAUGAUGGCCCAGCAAAGUCAGUUGGGCUAUUGAGCUUGUUUAAAUAUUCAACCAAGUGGGAUAUUGUUCUUAUUUUUUUGGGUUGUUUGGGGGCUCUUAUAAAUGGAGGCUCACUUCCUUGGUACUCUUAUCUCUUUGGAGAGUUUGUGAAUAAAAUUGCUGAAGAUCAUUUGGAUGGUAACACCCGAAUGAUGAAAGAUGUCCUUAGGAUAUGCUUGUUUAUGAUGGGACUAGCAGCAUUAGUGGCGGUUGGAGCAUUCCUGGAGAUAACAUGUUGGAGAUUGGUGGGGGAGAGGUCAGCACAAAGGAUAAGAAAAAAAUACUUAACAGCAGUUUUGCGACAAGAUGUUACCUUUUUUGAUACACAAAUCAGUACUGGUGAUAUAAUGCAUGGGAUUUCAAGUGAUGUUGCUCAAAUCCAAGAAGUCAUGGGAGAGAAGAUGGCACACUUCGUUCACCAUAUAUUUACCUUCAUCUGCGGAUACGCAGUUGGGUUUUCACGGUCAUGGAAAGUAUCUCUAGUCGUCUUUUCUGUCAUCCCGCUGAUGAUGUUCUGUGGCAUUGCUUACAAGGCUGUUUAUGUUGGUCUAACAUCAAAAGAAGAGGUUUCAUAUAGGAAAGCCGGUAGUGUAGUGGAACAAGCUAUCAGUUCAAUCAGAACUGUAUUCUCGUUUGUGGCAGAAGAUCAUUUGGCUGAAAAAUAUGCUGAUUUAUUGAACAAAUCAAUCCCCUUUGGAGCAAAAAUUGGCUUUGCUAAGGGUGCAGGUGUGGGAGUUAUCUAUUUGGUUACAUAUUCAACAUGGGCAUUGGCUUUCUGGUACGGCUCUAUUUUGGUUGCAAGAAAAGAGUUAUCAGGAGGUGCUGCCGUUGCUUGCUUCUUCGGUGUUAAUCUAGGAGGAAGGGGCUUGGCAUUGUCACUGUCAUACUUUGCUCAAUUUGCUCAAGGUACUGUGGCAGCAGCCCGAGUUUUUGAAGUCAUUGAUAGAGUUCCAGAGAUAGAUCCCUAUAGCCCAGUGGGAAGGACCCUGCAGAAUGCCCGAGGAAGGAUUGAGUUUAAAGACGUUAAUUUUUCAUACCCCUCUCGUCCUGAUGCUCAAAUUCUCAGCUCCUUUAAUCUAGUAAUUCCAUAUUCGAAGACCUUUGCACUGGUUGGCGCUAGUGGUGGCGGCAAGUCUACCCUUUUUGCUCUAAUUGAGAGGUUCUAUGACCCCAACAAGGGUAUAGUCACCCUGGAUGGUCAUGACUUGAGGACACUGCAAGUUAAGUGGCUAAGAGGUCAGAUAGGUAUGCUCGGCCAGGAGCCUGUUCUCUUCGCCACUACCAUACUAGAAAAUGUGAUGAUGGGAAAGGAGAAUUGCACCGAGAAAGAGGCAAUUGCAGCUUGUAUAGCUUCCAAUGCUCACAGCUUCAUUUCCACCCUUCCACAAGGCUAUGACACUCAGCUUGGAGACAGGGGAACCCAACUUUCUGGUGGUCAGAAGCAGCGCAUUGCAUUGGCUCGAGCCAUGGUUAAAGACCCUACAAUCCUUCUCUUGGAUGAGCCUACUAGUGCCCUGGACCCGGAAUCUGAGGCUGUAGUCCAACAGGCCAUUGACAAGAUUUCGUUAGGCCGAACAACCAUUGUCAUUGCUCAUAGGCUAGCGACUGUGAAAAAUUCUCAUGCCAUUGCUGUUCUUGAACGUGGCUCCGUCGCUGAGAUUGGUAAUCACCGUCAGCUAAUGGAAAAAGCUGGAGCCUACUAUAAUCUUAUCAAGCUUGCUUCUGAAGCAGCCCCAAAAACUUCAAUGGAAGUAAAAGGUAUCGCAAAGGUUAUGCAGUUUCCUGCUUAUGACAAAUCAGUACAUGACGUAUCAAGAUCAAAGUAUUCGUACGAAAUAUCAUUGUCAAAGAACUUCAAAUCAAUGCAAGAGGGAAAUCGAGCAGAGGAAGAAGAACAAAAACCAAAUCUAAGAAACUUUCAGUUUAAAGAGAUAUGGAAGUUGCAAAGACCAGAGCUUGGAAUACUCAUCUUAGGAUUUAUUUUAGGUAUGCAUGCAGGUGCAAUUCUAUCUGCUUUCCCAUUAGCUCUGGGACAAGCCCUUGAGGUUUACUUUGCUAAUGAACCAUCCAAGAUUAAAAGAAAAGUUGGGAAUCUUUGUUUGAUAAUUGUUGGACUUGGUUUUGGGUGUAUAAUCUCCAUGACUGGGCAACAAGGUUUGUGUGGUUGGGCUGGAACAAAGCUCACAGUGAGGGUUAGAGACCUCUUGUUUAGAUCAAUAUUGAAACAAGAACCUGGUUGGUUUGAUUUUGAAGAGAACUCUACUGGAGUACUUGUCUCUAGGCUUUCCAUUGAUUGUGUAAGCUUUCGAUCAGCCCUUGGAGAUCGGUUCUCAGUCUUGUUAAUGGGAUUGAGUUCAGCUGCAGUAGGUCUUGGUGUAUGCUUCUAUCUUGAAUGGAAACUAACCCUUUUGGCGGCAGCUCUCACUCCCUUCACCCUCGGUGCAAACUACAUAAACUUGAUUAUAAAUGUUGGACCAAGACUCGACAACAAAGCAUAUGCCAAAGCUAGCAAUAUUGCUUCUGGAGCAGUCUCAAAUAUAAGAACUGUCAUAACAUUUUCAGCUCAAGAACAACUAAUUAAGUCCUUUGAUCUAGCUUUAUCAGAACCGAAAGAAAAAUCGGUGAGAAAGACGCAGAUUCUAGGCCUAAUACUUGGGGCAUCUCAAGGUUCCAUGUAUGCAGCAUAUACCAUAACUCUUUGGUUUGGGGCAUAUCUUGUGAAUGAAAAGGAAACAAACUUCGGUGUGGUUUAUAAGAUUUUCCUCAUCCUUGUUCUGAGCUCAUUUUCUGUUGGACAACUAGUUGGCCUUGCACCAGACACUUCUAUGGCCGCUACAGCAAUUCCAGCUGUUUUUAGUAUAACCAACCGCAGGCCAUUGAUUGGAAAUAACAGAGGGAAGGGUAAGAAGAUCGAACGGUCGAAACCAUUUGAUAUUGAGCUCAAAAUGGUAACAUUUGCAUACCCAUCUAGGCCUGACGUGGUUGUGCUGAGGGACUUCUGUUUAAAGGUCAAAGGAGGUAGUAUGGUGGCAUUGGUGGGGGGAAGUGGUUCAGGAAAAUCCACCGUUGUAUGGCUGGUACAAAGGUUUUAUGAUCCAAACCAAGGGAAAGUGAUGAUUGGGGGUGUGGAUUUGAGGGAGAUUGAUGUUAAAUGGUUGAGGAGGCAAACAGCUUUAGUGAGUCAAGAACCUGCUUUGUUUGGUGGGACUAUAAGAGAGAAUAUUGCAAUUGGAAACCCAGGGGCUUCAUGGGGUGAGAUUGAAGAUGCUGCAAGGGAAGCUUACAUUCACAAGUUCAUUAGUGGCCUCCCUCAAGGUUAUGAAACUCAGGUUGGAGAGAGUGGAGCCCAACUAUCAGGUGGUCAAAAGCAAAGGAUAGCCAUAGCAAGGGCCAUAUUGAAGAAUUCAAAGGUACUGCUACUAGAUGAAGCGAGUAGUGCAUUGGAUUUGGAAUCAGAAAGACAUGUCCAGGAGGCAGUGAGAAAACUUUCCAAGCGAACCACGACCAUAGUAGUGGCUCAUCGGCUUUCAACCAUUAGAGAAGCUAAUAUGAUAGCAGUGGUGACCAAUGGUAAGGUGACCGAGUAUGGAAGCCAUGACACACUCAUGGCCUCCCAUGUCAAUGGAGCAUAUGCUAGCUUGGUUCGUGCUGAGACUGAAGCCAAUGCAUUUUCUUGAGCUACUUAAAUCUCAGUCAUUAACUUUAUUUAAAAAAAAAAUCACUAAAUUCUAAAUAUAAACACCUUGUAAAGUUUUCUCCCUAAGGUGUCUUUUGAAGUCCUCGUAGAGGAAGUAAAGAGUAUUGUUUCAGUUUUCGUAAUUGCAUAUUUCAUUUAAUACAACUAUUUUUUUUAAAAUUGUAUUCAUGACUUUUAAAGUUAUUCCAAUAUGUUUGUAAUGAAUUUAAAUUUAACUCCAUAUUAUCCUGUGAUAUAACUAAAGUAUAAAAUAAAUGAACAUAUUACAUAUAUAUGGGAUUCCAAACAUUAACCAUUUAUAAUUUUUCUUCCAUAUUUUGCUAUCUUUUUUACCUCAACAAAUGUUCAUGUUCUGAAAACAAUUUUUUUUUAGGCAA